AUGAAAGAAGAUAUUGGGAUAACGGGGGAUGAUUAUAAUUAUGUUAUGUCUUUAUGGGAAGCAGGAUACGUAGUAGGAGUGAUACCUUCCCAAAUCCUUAUUUUGAAAAUUCGACCAUCAAUAUGGUUUCCUUGUGCUGAAAUGAUAUGGGCAAUCUUAACCUUUUGUACUUCGAGAGUUACUAAUGUGAAUCAGCUAUAUGCAAUCAGAUUUUUAAUAGGAUUUUUUGAGUCUCCUUUUUACAUGGGUGCCCUUUCAUUGUUAAGUAACUGGUACGAUGCAACAUCACUAAGCAAAAGAGCUUGCAUUUUAUAUGCAGCUUCCAAUGUUGCAAGUAUGGUAAGUAAUUCUUUCAAAAGGCAAUUUAAAUCACAUACUAACUUUUACCAGUUCUCAGGUUAUUUGCAAGCGGGGAUUUAUACCAACUUAGAUGGAAAUAGUGGAUUUGCUGGAUGGCAAUGGCUAUUCAUAGUUUGUGGAGCCAUAACAAUACCAUUAUCUCUUUUUGGGCUCAUUGCUAUCCCUGAUAAUCCUUUGAAGCCAAACAAGUUUUCCUUUUGGCUCACUGAUGAAGAAAAAAAUUUUGCGGCCAAAAGGUAUAGGCGUGAUAGAGUUCAGUUCCAUGGUUUCAAGCUUUCAGAAGUUAAGACAAUGAUUCUAGACUGGCCCUUUUAUGUUUUGAUUUUCUCAUACACCAGCUAUAUGAUCUUUACUAAUGCAAUGGGUUACUUUACUUUGUAUAUUCAGUCUUUAGGAAAGUACAGUGUUGCUGAGAUUAAUAAUAUACCAACUUCAGCACAAGCGGUGGCCCUAGUUGGUACUCUUUUGCUUGGAUGGCUCUCUGAUUGGAAAGGAAGAUAUUUAGCCUUACAGAUAGCAUUAGCUUUCAACCUUGUUUCAUGUAUCUUUUUGCUUAUAUAUGUUAAUGAAACAUGUAUUUGGAUUGGAUACAUGAUCAGUGGUAUAAGUUGGGUUUAUGGACCCAUUAUGCUAACUUGGUCCCAAGAAUUCUUGAGAAGAUCAGAAUUUGAAAGCAAGUUUACCAUUGGAGUUGCUCAGGCGUCGGCCAUUGCCAACCUAAUAUGGGCUACAAUCAUUCUUUGGAGUACAGAUAAGCAAUAUCCCUACUACAAAGCAGCUUAUAUUGUAUCGUUGAUUUUGACUGUGGUGCAGAUUCCCUUAUCUUAUUAUAUGAAUGUACUUGUUCACAAGCAUGAGAAGCUUGCCGAUGUUACAGAUGUAAACCUUGAGCUAGAACGCUCAAAAUUUUAA